AAUUCCUCUUCUAUUGGUUUGUAAGAGGUUCCCUCUUAACUUUCACAAUCUGUGAGAAUGAGAGCCAAUAGAAGGCCGUAGUUACUUGUCUGGUGUCUUGGCCCCGUAUAUGUGAUCUAAUUUCUUCCAUGGGAAAGUCGCCGGCUUCGGCUUUCAAUUGGACUCCCCGGGCAUCGGGGCCAUCUCCACCGAGACGUCGAUGGCGGGGUGCAGCAGCGAGAACGUCCCCGCCGGCCAUCCUCCUUCCACUCCCUAUGGUACCUUUAUACCUCAUUCAUCGCCGCUGCCGACAGCUCCUCCUCUUCCUAGCCUUCAGAAGGCGACGCUGCCGACGGCUCCUCUUCUUCACUACCCCCCGAAAGCACCGCUGCAGUACCAAUCGACUCCUCAACCAGCCGGAGGCUACCACGCCAUUCCAGUUGGGUACCAAUUUCAGCCUUUCCCUAACGUAGUGGAUGGGAUCCCCAUGAACGCGAGGGUGCCUCCUCUCCCCUUUUGCGGCAUUGGCGUCGGCUGGGCCUUGUUUGUAGUAGGAUUUCUCUUUGCUUCAAUUCCAUGGUAUGUUGGAGCGUUCAUCUUGCUAUUUGUUGCUCAAGACCAUAGGGAGAAACCGGGAUUAAUUGCAUGUUCAAUUGCUGCUGGCCUGACUAUUCUAUCUCUGCUUCUGAAUGCCUUCAACUUUCAUGUGUUCUGGUAAAUUCCACAACCGUUUUCAAAGUGUAUAUUUGACAUCAUGCACUGAGCGCACCGUUGUGUAUGUAUAACUUUCAUGUGUUCUAUUCUUAUGCAUUAACUUCGCAGUGUCUUAUAUUAUAGUGUGAAAGAAAGAUACUGAGUUGUAUUUAUGAGAUUUGAUUAAUGUUUAAACAUCAGAUUUCUUUCAA